GAGUCGACUUGGGCAUCAGCUUGCUCUGCUCGCGUAUGGGCCUUCCUCUGGCGUCGUGGUCACUCUACCGCUCCCCCAUCCCGAAGCACGAGCAUCAUGGACAAUGACGAGUUACGCAGGCAGCUUGGCCAGCUGUUCAUCGUCGGCUUCCGGUCGCUGAUCGCCACAGACGAGGUCAAAUCGCUCAUCCAGGCCCCAUACUACUGCGGCACUAUCAUUCUCUUCCAGCGGAACAUUGAGAGUGCGGAACAACUGAUUGCCCUCACAAAUGACCUUCAGCAGACGGCAAGGGAUGCUGGCCACACCCGCCCACUUUUCAUUGCUGUCGACCAGGAAAACGGCCUUGUCACCCGGAUUAAGCCUCCCAUUGCCACCCAGCUGCCCGGUGCUAUGGCACUUGGCGCCACCGGUUACAUAGACGAUGCCGUCCGCGUCUCCAGUGCCACAGGUGAAAUACUGGAUGCUCUAGGCAUCAACAUGAAUUAUGCUCCGCUGUGCGACGUCAACUCAGAGCCGGCCAACCCCGUCAUCGGUGUCCGAUCUCCGGGCGAUGACGGGACCUUCGUCGGCAGAAUCACGAGCAAUAUCGCCAAAGGACUGAGGAAGAACAACAUCGUACCCUGUGCAAAGCACUUCCCAGGACACGGAAGCACAAAAGUUGAUUCCCACUACGGUGUUCCUGUCGUUAGGAAACCCAAAGAGGAUCUUGAAGCGUGUGAACUCCUUCCGUUUCGCAGAGCAGUCGCUGAGGGGAUCGAGGCCAUAAUGACCUCCCACGUUGUUAUGUCAGCCUUCGAUGACGCUGGAUUGCCAUCCUCCGUCAGCAAAGAUGUUGUAAAUUUCCUGCGUCGAGACCUACAGCAUGAAGGUCUCAUCAUCACUGACUGUCUUGAAAUGGAUGCUAUACGCGUGCAGAUCGGGACCGAAAAGGGGGCCGUCCGGGCCUUAGCUGCCGGUGUCGAUUGCCCGAUGAUAUGUCACACUUAUGAUGUCCAAGUUCGAGCACUUGAAGAGGCAUUCAAUGCUUGCAAGAUUGGCACUAUUCCACUUCGUCAGAUCUCCCAGUCCGUUUCACGGGUUCACGCCUUGAAAGAUAAGUUCUUUGAUUGGGGCUCAGUUUUUCGCCACCGCUCAGUUAACACCGUUACCCAACUAAACUUGAAGCACCAGGAACUGGCAAACGAUAUCUACGCCCGGAGCGUCACUGUUAUCAGGGAUGACCAGAAAGCGCUCCCUCUGUCCAGGGGAGGGUCCUUGGUCUACGUUUAUCCUUGUGGGAAAGCUCUCCGUGUGGGUGCUUCUGGAAGCGGCGAAACGGUCACCUGUGUUCCUUACACACCACCGGAAUUCUCACAAAUUUUGAAACUCUUUGUCCCGGAUCUGAUCGAAUGUCCCUUUUUCGAUGACGCAACUCUAGAUGAAAGCACAAAAUCCAAGAUCUCACAGGCCGACGCCGUGAUUUUGGCCUCGCGGAACUGCAGGUUGAAUCCAAGCCAAAGACUGAUAGGCACUCAGCUUGUGAAUCAUUCAAAAAAAUUAGUCAGCAUUGCUACAUGUGUUCCAUAUGAUUUCCUAAACUCAGGGAUUAAAACUUGUCUUGCCAUGUACGAACCGACCGUUGAGGCCUUCCAAGCGGCGGCCAAUGUCAUCUUCGGGGUUAAUGAGGGGGUAGGAAAGCUUCCUGUUUGUACAAAACGCCCGCCACUUCCCAUAGAUUCUUUUGAUCCGGAACGUGACAUGAAACUGGCGAUAAACCUAUGGCAUAUGUUACUCCCCCACUAUGCUGUCCCUGCAGACCGUUUGCAUCAUCUUCUCGAUCGCCCAAACGGGAAACAUUUUACAAUUUACGUGGAAGACCAACUUGCAGGUUUUAUAGCUACCUAUGUUAAUGAAGAUAGACCCACGGCAUACAUUUCCGUUCUCCUUGUUCACCCGAAGUUUCGGUCGCGCGGGGUCGGAACAGCCUUGGUUGAGCAUGCUCGGCGUCAGUUGCGUGGAGCGGCUCGUUCCGUCACAAUAGGUUCGAGCUUCCCUCGAUUUUUCCUUGGCGUCCCCUUAGAUAUACCAGAAGAGGCCCAGAAUUUUUUUAUCCAUCGUGGUUUCGUUCCGACCAGAGGCCCCUCGUCGAGAGACUACACGGCGGACCUAAGGACCUAUCAACCCCCAGAAGGAGUUCUUCAGCGUGCCGCCGCGGCAGGCGUAACAUUCACUCCUUGGAGAAUAAAUCUGUAUCUUGAAUGUAUGGCUAACAUACGUGAGCUCUGGGGUGAUGAUGAAGUCUGGCUUGGUGCAUAUGAGCGUCUGGCACGGCAGAACCGACACGAGCAAGUCAUGGUGGCGAUGGAUCGUUCCGGAAAACAAAUAGGGUGGACUCUGAUGCAAGAACUAGGUCUAGGUAUGACCAACGAUCUUGCCUUUAUGCCGUUACUAGGCCAGAAAACCGGCCAGAUUGGCUGUCUGGGUAUUCAUCCCGAUGCGAGGAAUAAAGGUGUGGGUCUAGCGUUGGUUGUGAGCGCUGCAAUGGAUAUGAAGAGGAGAGGCUUAGAGAAGGUAUUUGUUGAUUGGACGAAUCAUGUCAAUUUUUAUGAAAAAGCGGGAUUUGAGGUGUGGAGGGAGUAUCGAUCAAUGACUCUGAAAGAGUCCGUGUAG